AAGCCCUUGGAACAGGUGACCUUUGAGGAUGUGGCUGUGUAUUUCACAAAGGAAGAAUGGAAACUGCUGGAUCAGAACCAAAGAUCUUUGUACUGGGAUGUCAUGAUGGAGAACUGUGAGAAUGUGUCCACCUUGGAUGCCCAGAACUGGACACAAUAUUCAGAUGAGGCCUGACCAAAGCAGAAUACAAUGGUACUAUCACUUCCCUUGAUCUAGACACUAUAUUCCUGUUGAUGCAAUUAAGAAUUAUGUUGGCUUUCUUGGCUCCAGUAUCACACUGCUGACUCAUGUUCAACUUGUGGUCUACUAAGACUCCUAGAUCCCUUUCGCAUGAACUGUUGUCUAGCCAGGUGUUGCCCAUCUUAUAACUGCAUUUCAUGUUUUCUGCCAAGGUGUAGGACCUUACACUUCUUCCUUUUGAAAUUCAUCUAGUUAGCUUUAGCCCAGCCCUCUAAUCUGUAGGUCAUUUUGAAUUUUAAUCCUGCCCUCUGGGGAAUUAGCAAUCCCUCCUAGUUUGGUAUCUGUAAAUUUAAUCAACAUGCUCUCUAUACCUUCAUUUAAGUCAUUGGUAAAGAUGUUGAAUAGCACAGGGCCCAGUACAGGUCCCUGCAGCACUAUACUAGUCACCUCUCUCCAGGAUGAAGAAAAGCCAUUGGUGAACAGCACCCUUUGGGUUCAGUCAGUCAGCCAAUUACAAAUCUACCUAACAGUAGUUAGUAGCACUGUCUAGGCCACAUUUUACUAGCUUCUUUGCAAGAAUAUCAUGGAGAACGUUGUCAAAAGCCUUACUGAAAUCAAUAUAUGCUAUAUCUGCAGCAUUCCCUUCGUCUAUCAAGCCUGUAACUAUCAAAUAAAGUGAUCAGAUUAGUCUAGCAUGACUUGUUUUUGAUAAACCUCUGUUGACUCUUACUGAUGACAGCAUUGUUUUCUAAGUAAUUACAAACCAUCUGUUUAAUGAUCUGCUCUAAAAUCUUUCUGGGUAUUGAUGUCAGGCUGACUGGGCCAUAGGUAUUUGGGCCCUUAUUUUCCCCCCUUUUGAAGAUGGGGACAACAUUUGUCCUCCUCCAGUUUGUGGAGAUUUUGCCUAUUUUCCAAGAAUUUUCCAAGAUUAUUGCAGUGGUUCUGAAAUUACUUCUACCAGUUCUUUUAAUAUCCUUGGAUCGAGUUCAUCUGAUCCUGGAGACUUGAAUUCAUUUAGGCACGUUACAGACGGUCAGGGGAAGACGUCUUGAAGGUGUCUUCACCUGAAUACAGAGCCUCCAAAACGCCCCGGGGGGUGUGGCUAAAGUGGAUGGGGCUUCUAUACCGGGGGGGGGGGGGGUGAAGAUGCCUCACCUGGGGCCGUUUCUUACCCUCAGCUUCCAUACCACCGCCUUGAUGGACUCCCUAAAGAGUGAGGGAGCCGCCGCAUGGGCAGCCGCAAACACAGCUUUUUUUCUCUUUUGCCGGCUGUCGACUGCGCAGCUGCGCCAAUUAAGCACCGGCUGUUAAUUUCUCUUUUGACGGCUGCAGAUAGUGCAUGUGCACAGUUAAAGGGCCCAGGCCCCUUUAAACUUUUUUCCCGCCCUACCCAAGAACAAAGGUGGACUCCUGCCAAGAGAUCAGCUGGUGUUGGCAUCCUUGUCCACUUGCGCAGUGCCAGUGCCACUGGCAUCAUGGAUGCCUCCUCUCCUUUGUUCCCUGCGCUCUUACUGAACCUGCAAUGCACAGUCACAGCUGUCGCCGCUGCCACCUCUUCCCCCUCCACCCCCACUGCCUCUGUAAUGGAGGUCCCAUCAUCCACUUCAACAACAGUUGCAGACUCGGAUGACAGCAGUGAUGAUGAUGAUGACGAUGACGACGACACAGAAGAGCCAAGGGCUGCAAUGGCUGCCAUAGCAGUUCAACAGAGUGCUGCUGGUGGUGCCAUGGCCAUGGCCCGAGUGGGGUGGAUUUGCCGCUGGUGGAAGGUCCCUAGAUCGGAAGAAUGGUGGGACGAGUUGGUCACACACGUGGUCUGACGAGCAAUGGAGGUAUUACUUCCGAAUGCCCCAUGCCUUCUCCCAUAGGUUAGUGGGCAUCCUGCGUCCAGAACUGGAGAAGUCAGACACAGUGAUGAGGAGAGCCAUCCCGGUGGAGAAGAGAGUGGCCAUGGGCAUCUUUACACUGGCACACAAACCCAGCUAUGCUGUGACCUCAGCGCUGUUUGGGGCUGGCAUUGCCACCGUGAGGGAAAUCGUGGUGGAGUUUGCCCAGGCCAUGGAGAAGCUCCUGCUGUCAUGGACCAUGUACCUGGGGAACGCACAUCAGAUUAUGGAUGCCUUCAGACGGCGAGGCUUCCCGCAAGUGGUUGGCCUUAUGGAUGGGUGCCACUGCCUGAUCAUACCACCCUUGGGGCAGAGGAGUAUGUUUGUGAGCAGAAAGGGCUCCUAUUCUGUCAUCCUUCAAGGGACAUGCGACCACACAGGAAGGUUCGUGGACAUGGAGCUCAGAUGGCCAGAGUCAGCCCAUGAUGCCAGGGUGGCAAAGAAUUCUGUCAUCUUCGAGGCCAUGGAGGCUGGCAUCUAUGUGGAAGGGAACCCCAACAUCAACAUCAGAGGCCCUGCUCCUGCUGCUGCCGCCACCGCCACUGCCACCACGGAAGAAGAGGAGCCUGGCCUGAGCCGCCAUCUGCCUGGGGCGAGAGACAUGGCCCUGGAUGCCAUGGACCAGCUCCUGCAAGCCUGGCAGCAAGAACACCAGAUGGAGCAGAGGUUGUCUGCAGCUGAGGAGGUGGUGCAGAAGUUGGAGGAGAGACUGGAGGCCAUAGAGCAGACGAUGCAGGAGAUCCUCCGUCGACUGCCCGCCCCACCCCCCCUUCCCCCUCCCUGAAGCAGUUUCCCUGCCCUGCCCCCCCGCCAUCCCCCUUCACCACCCCUUCCCUGUUUUUUAAAAUUGUAAAUAGUAAAAAAGUUUUCAAGUUUUUAAGAUUGUUAAUAAUAAUAAUAAUAAUAAUAAUAAUAAUAAUAAUAAUAAUAUUUUAUUUAUAUCCCGCACCU